GCUUGCUCCCACUCUCGCGCAACGGUACUCGCGUGUGCAGUCGGCGCCUGCCGCGCACCACGCUCCGAGGUCUCUGCCCUCCUCCCGGUAAACUUGUACGCCUCAAUGCGUCCGCGCGCCUUACAUUCCUCAAAACAAAAAAUUUCGAAUUUCAACUCGCUCCUUAAAAAGAAUAUUGGAAACGCGAAUCUCUUAAUCGCGAUAACUUCGAGAUCCCAAGUUCUCCCUCGGAACUUUUAAUGUGCCCCAUUACGGCACGCAGCGGUGUGUAAGAGAACUUUUAUCAAUACAGCCUUUUACAAGCUCUCAACUCUUCGGGAGUUAAAUGUGAUUUGUGAAAUGUUGCGAAUUAUGGAGAUUUUAUGUUUGCAUAUCGACGAGGUGAUUUUUUAUCGUGCUUGAGCGUUACAGUGGAAAUUUGUGUGAAUUAUAAGAGGACGAAAUUCUUUGCAGGGGAACAGCAUCGAAGAAUUCAAGGCGUUUCAGAGUUACAGGCACAAUGUGGCUGCUUCUCCUUCUCUUCAUGGUCCCAGUGUUGGGACAACAACAAUGGGUGCCGUGUUCCGAAUUGAAUGACGACCUUCGGUACCCUUGCCGCUGCCGCGUACAAGUAGACAGGGCUCUACAUUUGACGAUUCUGAUGAACUGCGAUCAUGUGGUCUUUGGUGGUGAUUUUCCGCCAUUGCCAUAUGGUGCUCCGAUCAUGUCGUUCAGUCAGAGGUGGGCUGGUCAGCAGACGUUGCCGACACAGAUAUUCUCGUCCUAUGGGUUGCCUCUAAAAGAGUUGGACUUUUCCCACAAUAGUCUUCGUCGUCUUCCCGACCGAUUACUUGCUGGGAUCCGUGGCAAUCUCACCAAGUUGGUCCUCGCUGACAACCUACUAGGGGACAAUCUUAAUCCCAUAUUCUCUACAGCCGAGCUCCAUAACUUGCCAGCAUUAGAAGAAUUAGACCUAAGUGGGAACAGUAUAAGAGGAAUCGAAGAAGGACUGCUCAUUGGUUGUGAUCUUCUUAAGAUAUUACGUUUGAACCGCAACAAUAUAAACUCCGUGCCUUCCUCGUCUCUAAACGGCCCACAGGCGUUACGAGUUAUUUCUUUACGAGAAAAUAGAAUAGUUUCAAUUCGACAAGCGUCAUUCGUAUCACAGAAGACUUUAGAGGAGAUAGAUCUGCAUGGAAACAUGAUAUCCACCAUCGAGGGAGGAGCGUUUAUAGGCUUGAGUGCACUACAAAAUCUCGACCUCGGUCGGAACAGACUCUCCAAGUUCAACAGCGAUGUCUUCCAAGGCAUCGAGAACCUCGAAAAGUUGGACCUCUCGGAAAACUUUAUAACGGAUUUCCCGACCGUUGCUCUGAAAUCAUUCGUCGCCCUCGGAUCUCUGAACCUUUCCAGCAAUAUGAUCACUAAUAUCGAUAACAGUCAUCUCAGUACUCUGGUCUCGCUACAAAUGCUGGAUCUCAGCAGGAACAAUCUGAUUAAACUGUCACCGGGAACUUUUGUAGGUCUUACUGAUUUGCUGUAUUUGGAUAUCGGAGUUAAUUCUCUUCGGACUGUGGAGGAUGAUGCAUUUGAUGGCUUGACUAGUCUUCGAACUUUGCUUCUACGUGAUAACAAUAUACUUUUGAUACCAGCCACUGCUCUUUCUCGAUUACCUAAUUUGGUCUCUGUACAUUUAGGAUAUAAUAGAGUGACAGCUUUGUCAAGUGAUAUUUUGAGAGCGGUGUCGGAUAGAGUUACUUCAUUAGUAUUAUCUCGAAAUGUAAUUAGGGAGCUUCCACCCGCAGCUUUUGAUCACUUCAAAGCAUUACAUCAUUUAGAUUUGUCAGGAAAUUUAUUAAACUCAAUAGCAGCUGAAGUUUUUUCUGGUCUGGAGUCAACGCUUCAAUAUUUAUCUCUAAGCCAAAAUAGGAUAUUAGGAUUCACUGGACAACAAUUGAAGUUCUUAAGCCUUUGGUAUUUGGACAUAUCAGAUAACCAAAUUUCAGAAAUACCUAUUAACGCUUUUCGAUCUAUUCCAAGUUUAUUGCAUUUGAAUAUGAGUCAUAAUGAUCAUAUCAGUACUCUUCAUCAAAAUGUAUUUGAAAAUAAUCAAGUUUUAAUGACUAUAGAUAUGAGUUAUAUAGGAUUAAAGGCUCUCCCAGUGAAUUUAUUUUCAAAAACUCCCAAUUUGGAGCAUAUUUAUUUAUCGCAUAAUAAUUUACAGGAGAUCACGGAACAUACCUUUAAGAAUCUUAAAAAUUUAACUGUUUUGGAUCUCUCAUAUAAUAACAUUGUUAAUAUUAGAACUCCAGCUUUUGUUAAUGUAAUGUCUAUACAAUAUUUGUCUUUAAAAGGAAAUCAACUUAAUGCCUUCAAGGGCGAGUUCUUUAAUACUGGCACUAGUUUGGAAGUAAUGGACUUGUCAGAUAAUCAGUUAAGUUAUUUGUUUCCCUCUUCAUUUAAAAUACAUCCACGUUUAAGGGAAAUUAUAUUAACUAAUAAUAAAUUUAACUUCUUUCCAUCAGAAUUAAUAAGUACAUUACAAUAUCUGGAGCUAGUAGAUUUAUCAGGUAAUGCUUUGAAAAAUGUUGACGAACUCGAUUUUGCUCGACUUCCGAAAUUAAGAACUUUAUUAUUGGCUAGAAAUGAACUGGAAACGAUAAGUGAAAUGGCGUUCCACAAUUCAACCCAAAUCCAAUAUUUAGAUUUAUCCAACAAUAAAAUAGAUCGCUUGGGUGAUAGGCUCUUUGAGGGACUAAUUAGAUUAGAGCUUUUAAAUUUGGGUGGAAAUUUACUUACAGAAUUACCUGAAAAUAUUUUUGACCGUAACAAGUUACAUAUGUUAGAGAAGAUUAUAUUGAGUAAUAAUAUAUUUGAGCAUCCUCCAUUAAAAGCCUUACAAAAACAAUACUUUUUCGUUUCCUCCGUAGAUUUAUCCAAUAAUGAAAUUGUUGAUAUACCAGCAGAAUAUAGUGUUAUGGUGAAUAUAAAAAAGUUAGAUUUAUCUUUCAAUCCGCUUUCAGAAAAAACCUUGAAUCAUAUUUUGACCGAACCAAAAACUGUUAGAGAACUAAAUCUUGCAGGAACUGGAAUGAAUAUAGUGGGUCAAUUAGAAACUCCAUUUUUAUAUAGUUUGAAUUUGUCUUUCAAUAAUAUCACAUCGCUUUCGGAUAAAACUUUUGCCAGAACUACAUUAUUGGAAUCAAUAGAUCUGUCUAAUAAUCAAAUAUCGGAUGUAUCUAGGUCGUUAGCAAAUUCCUGGCCUAAACUUAAAAAUCUUCAAAGUUUAAAUAUUUCCAGUAAUCCUAUAACUAUGAUUACGGAAGGCAAUUUUGAUGGACUUUCGUCGCUUCGAGUUUUGGAUAUAAAAGAUUUGGAUAAAUGUACUAGGAUAGAGAAAAAUUCUUUUAGAAGUUUAUCAAAUCUCAUUGAACUUAGAGCAUAUGGGUAUCCAAGACUUGGUUACUUCGAUGUCCAAGGAACUCUUCAAUAUUUAUUAGCUUUAGAAAAAUUAGACGUCGAAGUAAAGGAUACAGCUAUCGGUGCUGAUCAAUUACAUUCUACUUUACACCCACGCCUUGAAGAGUUAGGAGUUAGAGGAUCUCGAUUAAAAACAGUCUCAUCAGGAGUUUUAGCCGGUUUGAAAGCACCAGCUAUAACAGUACGAUUUCGUAAUACAUCUGUAACAAGUUUACCACCGGCUUUAUUGUUUCCUUUACCAAGAUCGUCUCAAAUUAUAAUAGAUAUUGCUGGUAGUCAGUUGUCAACACUACAACCACAAUUAUUGGUAGCUCUUGAUGAUCGUCGUGCAGACCUAUCAAUGUUUGGUCUCGAAACGAAUCCUAUUCGGUGUGACUGUAAUGCUCGAGCAUUGCGUAGGUGGCUACCAAACGUUGGUAUAGACGAUGUUCGUUGUGAGUCACCAGAACAUUUAUCUGGAUUUUUACUAGUAGAAAUUGGAGAUGACGAGUUAUCUUGUGACACAAAACGAAGAACAACAGCUUUGUCUUCUUCUUCUAGCAUAUCAACAACAGUACCACCUCGUUUAGUACAUCGUACUUCAGCAGAACCUGAUAUUAUCUGGUCUGUUGCACCAUCUCAUGAACGACCAAAGGUCACUGGGGAACCAAAAGGUGCUCCAGUAGUUGGUGUGGCAACAACGAAUAACGAUGAUAAUCUAAUAAUAGGUAUAGUAGGUGGUGUAGUUGCAUUUAUAGCUAUCUUAAUUGUAGCCAUAUGCGUUGUUAGAUUGAGAAUGACAACAACAUCAUACAGAGGUGGUCCUUUAGCUAGUAGCCCAACCACUGGUGCUACUCCAAUGUGGGGUCCACCAUGGCCUGGAUAUGCAGCAACCUUGCCUCCUGCAUCACUGUCUAAUGCCACUCUGCCUCACAAGGUGCAACCAGGACCGGGAUCGGUACGAUAUUUAGCGCCACCACCACCGCCAGCGCCUUAUUUUAUUAGCUUGCCCCCACACGAUGAUAAAAUUUAUCGGUAGGAUGCUUAGUAUAAUAAAGUUUUAGAUAGACUGCUAAGGUAUUAUUAGUGCUAUGCCAUUGAUCAUGUAAAUAUUAUGGUUCAGAAAGAAUAAUCAUAUCAAUAAUUAGGUUUUUUUCAGAAACCUUGUAUUCGUACGUUGUUCAUAUCGUUAUAGAUAUUUAUUGCUUAUUAAGUGAUUUUAUUACUUAAUUAGUAUUCCAUUUUAUUAGAUUUAUCGAUCCUCAGGCUAGAUUUGAUUAAUCUAGUCACCAGUGGCAGUUUUUAAUUAUUGAUUUAAUUACUUUAUAAUGAACUCAAAGACAUUUCAUAAUUAAGAAUAAUAAUAAAUUAAGUAAAGCAUUGUACUGUUUACAGGUGGUAUGUUUAUUAUAAUGUAAAAUAUUUAUUUAACACUUUUAAGGUUAGUACUUACUGAUGUUGCUAUAAUCUAUAUAUCUAUAUCCUAAGAAUAUAAUUAAUUAUAUUAUAUAAUAUAAUUAAUUAUAUU